AUGCCCACGUCACUCAACCCUCAUUUCAUCAACAACCAUUCAACACUCUCUGCAAUGGAGCCCCAACUAGUCCAACUCGGCGACGACUUCCCCUUCUACGUCGCCAGCUACAACGGCGUUCCGAGCGGCGAGUACGAAGCGCGCUUCAUCUACAAGGAGAUCUUUGGCGACCACUGCUACGACGUGGCGCAGCUGUCGGACCCGCGGCUCAUCAUCGACGUGGGCGCCAACAUUGGCCUCUUUUCCGUGUACAUGAAGCGCAAGCACCCCGGCUGCCAGCUGCUCGCCUUUGAGCCGGCGCCUGACACCUUUGCCGUGCUGACAGCCAACGUGGGGCUGCACGCGCCCGGCGGCGUCGAGACGCGGCAGUGCGCCCUCGGGCCCGCCCCCGGCACCGGCGCCCUCACCUUCUUCCCGAACCUGCCGGGCAACUCGACGCUGGUGCCCGACGAGAAGCGGCGGUUCCAGGCGCUGCUCGGCGCCGAGGUCGGCACCAACUUCACCGACAAGAUGUUUGCCGACGCCGGCAGCGUCGACGUCGCCGUCCGCCGCCUGUCGGACGUGCUGGACGAGCGUGGCGACUUUGACGCUAUUGACCUGCUCAAGAUCGACGUCGAGGGCGCCGAGCUGGGCGUGCUGAAAGGCCUUAGUGAGGCGCACUGGGACAAGGUCCGCAAUGUCGUGCUCGAGACGUGCGAUUUGAGCAGCGAGCGGGAGGAGCUGACGCAGCUGCUCGAGGAAAAGGGUUUCUCUUUGGAGAGCACCAAGGCCGAUUGGAGUCCCAAGGGAGCGCAGUUCUACACCAUCAUCGCCAGGCGCGCAAAAUAG